CAACGCACGGUGGCGUCCGUGAUGACCGCAGAUUGAACUGAUCGCCAACUUGAAAUGUUUACAUGUAGAUAACAAGCGGCUUUCAUACAGUAGGCUGAUUAACCGGACUGCUGUGGAGCAGCCAGUCAAGAUGGACACCGCUGAGGAAGCGGACAUCUGUCGGGUAUGUCGGUCAGAGGGGACCCAGGACAAGCCGCUCUACCACCCUUGUGUUUGCACAGGCAGCAUCAAGUUUAUCCAUCAGGAAUGCUUGUUGCAGUGGUUAAAACACAGCAGAAAAGAAUACUGUGAAUUAUGCAAACACCGGUUUGCAUUUACACCAAUCUACUCUCCAGACAUGCCAUCUCGCUUGCCUGUCCAGGACAUCUUUGCAGGCCUGGUCACCAGUAUUGGAACAGCCAUCAGAUACUGGUUCCACUACACACUGGUGGCCUUCGCUUGGCUCGGCGUGGUGCCUCUCACAGCAUGUCGUAUCUACAAGUGUCUAUUUACCGGCUCCGUGAGCUCUCUCCUUACCCUGCCCUUAGAUAUGCUUUCAACGCAAAACCUGCUUGCCGACUGCCUUCAGGGCUGUUUCGUGGUCACGUGCACGCUGUGUGCCUUCAUCAGCCUGGUGUGGCUCAGAGAGCAGAUUGUCCACGGUGGCGCCCCUCAGUGGUUGGAGCAGAAUCAACCCCCUCUGGUUCCGAACCAGCCCAACGGCCCGGCACCAGCUAAUGAGGGUGGUAACGCUGCAGUCAACGCCCAGGCUGCUGCAGACGCCGCAGCUGCCCAGCACCCUGCUGACCCGGCUCCAGACCAGCCGCCACCCGCCAACCCGCACGAAGCCGGCAACCACGGAGAUGAGGCCGAACUGGACGAUGAUGAGGAGGACGACGACGGGGAGGAAGACGAAGAGGAGGAGGAGGAGGAUGAGGAAGGCAGGGAAGAGGAUGCUGCUGAUGCCAAUAAUGGAGGGCAAGAAGACUUGAACUGGAACGCCCUGGAGUGGGACCGUGCAGCAGAGGAGCUGACCUGGGAAAGGAUGCUAGGCCUGGAUGGUUCCCUAGUUUUCUUGGAGCAUGUCUUCUGGGUUGUGUCUCUCAACACGCUCUUCAUCCUGGUCUUUGCUUUUUGUCCGUACCACAUCGGCCAUUUCUCAGUGGUUGGACUGGGCUUUGAAGACUAUAUCAAAGCUUCACACUUUGAUGGCCUCAUCACCACCAUACUGGGAUACAUCCUCCUGGCUGGAGCUCUCAUUGUCUGCCAUGCAUUGGCUUCAUUAUUGAAGUUCCAGCGGUCCAAACGCCUCCUGGGUGUCUGCUACAUUGUUGUCAAGGUGUCCCUGCUGGUUGUCAUGGAGAUAGGCUUGUUCCCGCUGAUUUGUGGUUGGUGGCUCGACAUUUGUUCGCUGGAGAUGUUUGAUGCCACUCUCAAGGACAGGGAGCAGAGCUUUGACUCGGCUCCUGGCACCACCAUGUUCCUCCACUGGCUGGUUGGUAUGGUCUACGUCUUCUACUUUGCCUCCUUCAUCCUCCUGCUCAGAGAGGUGCUGCGGCCAGGUGUGCUUUGGUUCCUGAGGAACUUGAACGAUCCAGACUUCAACCCGGUCCAAGAGAUGAUCCACCUGCCCAUCUACAGACACCUCAGGAGGUUUAUACUCUCUGUGGUUGUGUUUGGCUCCAUAGUUCUACUGAUGCUUUGGCUUCCCAUCAGGAUCAUUAAACUGCUCUUCCCAACCUUCCUUCCCUACAACGUCAUGCUUUACAGCGAUGCCCCGGUCAGCGAGCUGUCGUUGGAGCUGCUUUUGCUUCAGGUUGUUCUGCCGGCGUUGUUGGAGCAGGGUCACACUCGCCAGUGGCUCAAACGCCUCGUCCACGCCUGGACAUUCACAGCUGGAUACGUGCUUGACCUUCACUCAUACCUGCUAGGCGACCAUGAAGACGAAGACAACCAGCCAAAUAACCCUCCCGGUCGCCAUAACAACAACCGGAUUCCCGGUCUGGGGGAGGGGCUUCACGCUGCCCAUCAGGCCAUCCUGCAGCAGGGAGGUCCAGUGGGCUUCCAGCCGUACCACCGGCCCAUCAACUUCCCCCUUAAGAUCGUUCUGCUCAUUGUCUUCAUGUGCGUGACGUUGUUACUCGCUAGUCUGAUCUGCCUUACGCUGCCGGUGUGCGUGGGUCGAUGGCUGAUGUCUUUCUGGAUGGGCAGCGCCAUGGUUCAUGAGCUGUACACAGCAGCCAGCGGCCUAUACGUCUGCUGGCUGUCCAUUCGAGCCGCCACAGUGAUGCUGUCCUGGAUGCCACAGGGACGGAUGGUCAUCAUGCUCAAAGUCCACGAAUGGACACUAAUGAUCCUGAAGACCAUUGUGGUAGCCGUGCUGUUAGCGGGGGUGAUUCCUCUGCUGUUGGGUCUGCUGUUUGAGCUGGUCAUCGUCGCUCCUCUCAGAGUCCCACUGGACCAGACACCUCUCUUCUACCCCUGGCAGGACUGGGCCUUGGGUGUGCUUCAUGCUAAAAUCAUCGCUGCCAUAACGUUGAUGGGGCCUCAGUGGUGGCUCAAAACCGUCAUUGAGCAGGUCUAUGCCAACGGCAUCAGGAACAUCGACCUCCAUUUCAUCGUGCGAAGGCUGGGUGCCCCAGUCAUCUGCGUCCUGCUGCUGUCUCUCGUCGUGCCCUACACCAUCUCAAAAGGCAUCACACCACUGCUGGGAGUGCAGCCAGAGAUGCAGACGCUGGUGGAGAGGAGAAUCUAUCCGUUCCUGCUGAUGGUGGUCAUGCUGUUGGCCAUCCUGUCCUUUCAGAUACGUCAGUUCAAGCGCCUCUACGAACACAUCAAAAAUGACAAGUACCUGGUUGGGCAGCGACUGGUGAACUACGAACGCAAGGCAGGCAGGAGCACGUCCACCUCCUCCUUCAGCACCUCCUCAUAGACUCUGCUGUAGGAUCAGUGGAGCCGACUCACUCCGCUCCACAUCGCCAGCUCCUGCGGUGAAAACUUUUAGCUCUCUCCCUGCUUGGCUGUCGACUUCAAACAAAACCUCUAAACUUUGGACUGCAGCCUCAGCCUUUUAUUCACCUGCAUCAACACCUACAGCAAUCACAGGUCGGGGAGACGCGGAAGACAAAAACACCCAAGUCUUCACGGAAAAAGAAGAAUUUCCGAACGAGGUUGUUUAUCAACCCGCAAGAACUGUCAGCAUGACUGAAUCUCAGCAGAACCACAAACUGUCCGUCUCGGUAAACGUGUCCGGGUUUCGCCUCCGAUGCAGCUGAUGUUUUCAUUUGUAUUUACUUUGUUUUUACAAAGGUUUGGGUGGAAGUCAGGUCACUCGAGCAUAGCUUUUACCUCAGAUUGUGCUUCCCUUUGAAUGUCUGUUGUGAAAUAUUGUCUCAGUCGCACAGAGUGUCUUUUAGACAUUUUCGGAGCAGUGGAGCAGAUAUUUGGACGAUAAUAGGGACGCCUCCGUGGUCCUGUUUCCAUUGCUGGUUUUUCUCAAAUGACACCCUUCGUCAAGUCGAGGCUGUCAGUGAAAAGGAGGGACAUAGAUGAUGUGGCAAUGUGAUUGUAUUGUUUUUAGAUGUUUUUUAUUAGGUGUGUUUUCAUUGAUUUUUAGUGUUAUUUUUCUGGAGUGAGCCGGUAGAUAGUCCUCUGAGGAUUCCUUUGAACUAAAGACGUAGAAAAAGAAAAGAAGAAAAUGACAUAUUUUGUGGACACAGCUUGAGACGUGUUUUUUUUUUUUUUUCUCCCUCCUGUGAGUUUUAACAACAGUUCUGGGCUGUGUUGUACCGUUCUGAGCUCUCGGUCGGUUUCACACAUUUCUAAACAAGGUGAAUUGACCUUCAGGAGAGGAGAGGCAAGAAAGUACAAAACAGCAGAGUACAGCACAAAACUAGUGGCGUGCAGCAUCCGGAUUCUUUUUAAUUAUCGUUUUCAUGUAAGAACAGUCUUGAGCCAAUAUCUCCAUCCACGUUAAAGCAUUAAAACAGGUAGCUCUCCUCCUAAUAUGCAGCCGACACACAAGUGAGGCAACCACACAAAUCCACCAACGACAGAACACUAUACUGUUUCCAUUUGCGCAGCAGAACCAGAACUUGCUUUUAAAUUCUGGUGUAAAGUCGGCAAAGCGUUGCUGCUGUUAUUAUUGUGUUCCAAGAAAACUAUGAAAUGCCACCGUCUGGUUUGUCAGCGAUAUACGUGUUUGGAAAAGUUGCGUUUUUGGGGGAAGAAAGACGACGUUUGAUUGAGGACAGACAAAGAUAUGUGUUGUGAAUGUACCAAGUUUAGAACAUUUAAAGUGGACGGUCUCAGAAUAUGUCUGCUGAGGAACACUGAUUAUGUAAAGAAAUAUUUAUUCAGAACAUAAAGCAAAUAACCGAUUGUCAGGCUCAUAGUGCUGCUAAUCAGCUGUUCUGUCUGUCUGUGUGGAUCAGAGGUGAAAGUUAAAUAGAAAAUAGUGACUUUGAUUGGAGAAAGGGACUCUCGUGAUCUACACUAAUCUACAGCUUUAUGCCUGUAACUGAAAGAAGACACUACUCGAUCAAAUACUGGGCUUCCUUUAGGAAUUUUCUUGGCAGAAAUAGAAAGGUUCAACACUUUACCUUUUGUCACUACAUAGCUCCAUCUAAUCACCCAAAUGCUCAGUUCGUCAGGUCGUAAUGUAGCUCAUCUCUUGUGUUGGAAAAGCCUAAAAAAGCAUCAACUGCAGACAGUGAGGGUUGUCUACCCACUGACACCGUCUUUACAGUUCUCUGCUCCGAUUGGUCAGAACAUAUGGGUGUCACACAAGACAAGAAGAAAAACAUUUCUUUCUUUAUUUAUUUUUUUCUCUGGAAAUCUUCAGGUGCUGCUUCUUAACAGGAUCAUUGUUGUGCUGAAGGCCCUCCGUCUUUCGGGUCGGGCCAUUAACAUGCAUCACAUCGUCUGAACUCAGACUGUCUGGCUUAAACAACACCUUUGUGGUGCUUCUGGACUUGAGGAAAAGAGGAAUAUUUCAGUCUGUUCUCGUUCCCAGUGCGUCAGAUGCUGCCAUUUUGUCAAAGCAGCCGGCAUCUCAGACGCACACAAGCUGUCCUUUGGUGUCGACGCCACCCCUCAUCAAUAUUCAACGCUGAUAGAUGGUUACGGGUUGUUCCAGUUUAAGAGAGCCUUGUAAGGAAGUGGAACCUCUACCACUCUGUCUCAGACCAUUGUUCACUUGGUCUUAUUUUGUUGGUUAAGUCUCGUUUUCAUUUGCUGUUUGGCUUUAAAUCAGAAUCAAAAAUACUUUAUUUAUCCCUGUUUGGAAAAUUCUCUGAACAAGUGAGUGACUAGAAAUUCGAAGCAGUGAUUCUCACAUACAGACAGUGAAGAGAAACAGAAAACAACCUCCUGCAAAAGGGUGAGAAUAGGCGAAGUUCUCAUGGUGUUCUGACUUCCCGCUAAAAACAGCUUGUCCUCAUCUCACACUCACAAGGUUCAAUAGAGGCAAUGGACAUUCACAGCAUUCUAAUAGACUUUGCACAAAGAUCAUUGGAUCUUAACAUAGAAUUAUUGUAACAGUCCCUGAGGAGAGAUUCUUUUUCCUUGCAUGCACAUUUCCUGCCCAAGAAUAAUAAAAAUAAAGAAUAAAAUGAUACAUAAAAGGUAAUAGAUAAAUAUCAAAGUACAAAAAAUAUCAACCUCUACAAAAAAAAUGUACACACACAUAUAUAUAUAUAUAGUUAACGUGCAGAUGGUAUGAAGAUUUGUGCAGAAACAGUAUCAUAUUUAAAAUGAGGAAUUUAGCAAUUUGACGGCAACAGGUGGGAAUGAUUUCCUGUGUCGCUCUGUGACAGCAACAGUCUACUGCAGCUGGUCAGCAUGUUGUGGAGAAGAUGAGAGUCCAGAAUAGUCCUGAUUCUGGACAACAUCCUCCUCGGACACCACCAUCAGAGAGUCCAGUUCCUCUCCCACAACUUGGCUAAAAUACACCCUUUGACAACAUUAAGCAUGUUACAAAGAGAACUUGACAGCAGUGGCGACACCAGAUGAGAGCAUGUGGCGUUGGACUCAUGAUGUCUAUUUAUUUUUAUUUUUUUAGGUCUUUGUAUUUAAAUGUGACAUCAAAGUGACAAAGCGGCAGUAUGUGAUAGAAAGCAGUGGAGAGCUGAAGCUGACUCACAGGGAUUCUUUUAAAUCAACUACAUUCCUUCUCACAGCUGCAUCUCUGAUUUACCUAAAGUUUAACAAUGACUCUGGUGAGCAGGAACGAAUCGCAGUCGGGCGUUUAAGUUGAUUUUCCGAGCAAACGCGUACACUACCCGCAUCCAAUAUCCACAAGUAGUAGCAGAGCUAUUCACUAAAUACGUGCUCCAAAAACAACAAGCUUUCAGGAUCAGACAAAUCAGAGGUCCUCUGUUGCUGGUAUAAUAGUCUGACAGUUUGCGCUGCAUGGAGAACACAGCGAAGGAUUUUUAAACACCGCUGGCUGUUCUUGUGCCCUGGCGUACUCGUUAUAGACGUGCAUGAAACAGUGUGUCUGUAAACCAGCAUAAACAAGCUGUGUGGAAAUAAUCCGUGACGCUCGCAUGAUAAUUCUGUCUUUCUACUAAACUUCAGUUUGUGAAAUAGUUCAAACUUUCUGUGAAUACUUUAAUUUGCUUUCUUGGAUGAAAACAUGGGCACCGCUGUCAUGUCAACAAGAGAAAGGAGAGUCCGCUAAUUAACUAACUGUAAGAAGCUGCAGUUUGAAGAGGUCACGAACUGGACGUGUGUCUCGGCUGAUUGCCCGCCUCCCUCAAGACCGUCGGAAGUUUACUCAUCUGACUAGUGGCAAGAAAAUGUAUUUUCCAAAAUUUCACUCUCUCCAGCCACAUAUUCUCCCGAAAUCCCUCUUUGCAUGCGAAUGUGAAGUCACUUGUGUGUCCACGUUGUCUCUUUUUUUUUUUCUCUGCUGCUCUCGAGAACAUGCCAGAAAGUUCCUUCUUUCACGUCUCAAAGUCGAUAUGAAUUUACAGACCCAGAGCAGAACAAAUCAGGACAAUGAAAAGGUUAAAAGGCGUUUUCAUUGAGAGAAACAAGCUCCAGCCAUUCUUUUAAUCCUUGCUGCCAAUGAGAACAGAAUCAAAUGCUCCGACGGGUCCUACAGUCCUAAAAGAGACGUUUGAAAUGUUUUUGUUUGUUUUUUUAUUUUAUUUGGACCAAUUAUGGUCAAGUACAGAUUUAGAUGUUUUGUUUUUCCAUGCAAAUGUUUUCAUGUGUUGCACUUUAUACCACUGUUUGCAGUCAUGUCAGGAUCCACUGUAACAGUCGUCAUAGCCUUGUUCCUGUUUUCAUUUAGCUCCCACUAAGACUGUCAGUAUUUCACUGUGGUGACUCCGUGCGGUGGGUUUUGCUCAAAGGACGCAUUGAAGGUUUUGCAUCCGUUUCUUUUCACACUGCGUCGUUAGGAGUUUAGUAAAUAUAAACCGCUUUUCUGUUGAUAUGGAUCGUGGAUUACAAUAACUUUAGCGCUGACAGCUGUAGUGCUGCUGCUGUGUGGAAUGCUCACAUUAUAUGAUGCUAUAAAGUGACCUUUUUAGUAUCUUUGAACCUAGCUGGACACUUUGAAUUUUGGUGUUGAAUUUCAAUUUCUAGGAGCAAAUGAUUUCUAUUUUUAUAUGUGCAAAAAAAAAAAAAAGGCAGUGGCAUGUACUGUAACAUGAACCUAAAGCUCUAUUGAUUGUUGGUUCAGUCGUAUGAAACAAUAAUAAAUAGUUGUAAAGAUGC